UCAGAGCCUCAGGCUGCUGGACACAGACUGAAGCAGGAUGGAGAAGAUCGUCUUCAGUGUCAUCGUCCUUACCGGUGUGUGCUGUUUGUCCACCAAACAUAUUUUCCAUGACGAGUCAGAUAAGACAUGGGAAAAGGCUCGAGCACACUGCAGGGCCUAUCAUAACGACCUUUCACGUCUCUCCAAUGGACUGGAGGAAGAGUUGUUCAAAGAGUCUGUGGGUCUGAACAAAGAAGGAUGGAUUGGAAUUUAUUGGGAUCAGAGCAUUAAAAGCUUUGUGUGGUCAGGAGGAGAAAAGGUCACUGACUUCAGCAAACUUGGUUUACCAAAUACUAUAGAUAUUAACGACCCACCACACUUAGCUGAUAAUAUCUUGUGGAACAACAACGGAUGGCAUUGGGAAAAUGGCGCAGGCGGACGCAAAUUCUUCUGCUUCAGCCUGACGCUGGUGCAGGAGGAGAAGACCUGGGAGGAGGCUCUGGAGCUCUGCAGAAUGAACCACAACAACCUCAGCAGCCUGCUGUCUGACACAGACGUCCGUCUGGCCACGAAUGAGAUGAAUUACACCCACAACACCGAGCCCGUGUGGAUCGGCCUGCGUUACCUUGCAGACGAGUGGCUGUGGGUGAACGGAGACCAUCUGAAUUAUAAGAGCUGGUCMCAAGAAGGAGAUCAGGACCAUCGGUGUCCGGUGAAGCACCGCUGUGGAGCUUUAACCAAGCGGGGAGUGUGGGAGAGCCGGGACUGUCAGGAGAAACUCUGGUUCAUGUGUGGCUGAAGGUUCCUCUUAAUAUUUGGUCUUUUACACUUUUCCUUUUGUAAACUUUAAAUAAGCUCAAGGUAAAUGUUUAAGUUUAGUUUCAUUCUGCGGGUCCACUGAGUUAUACUUUUGUAAUAUAUAUAUUUUUUUGUUUCCAGCUCAGAAAUCUGUUAUCUAAACUUUAAAAAAACAGCUUUUUGCUGUAAUGGAUUGUUUGCGGAAAAUUAAAUUAUUUACAAAUGUAAUCAA